GACGCCCACCAUAACAACGGGUCAACAUCAUGGAGAAGACGGUUCUGGUGAUAGCAGCCAACAGUCUCAGCGGCGAGUCGUGCGGACGGCCGCUCUCGCUCGACCUUAGCCUCGGGAAAGGAAAAGCCUCUAGCAACACAAAGGUGAAUUUAACCUUUGCGUCCAAAGCUAAAUCCGGUAUCUCCACAGACGGUUCCCAAGUCGGUGUGGACGUGCUGUGUGCAGGGAGUCGUCAAGUACGUGAGGGUGACCUUUGACCUGUUCCCGGACCAGCGGCAGGUGUGUGUGGCAGCUGUGGACUACACCAAAUGUCAACCAGUCAACUCAUGGAGAGAUGAAGACCAGGAGCUCGGCAAGGUAUUGGCUGGAUUCCAGAAGUUUGGGCAGCCCUGCACGGUCCCUGUGACUCCGCCCACUGGCCACAUCCCCACACUCCUGAGUCCAUGUAUCCAGGGAAUUCAGUACGGUGUUCGUUGCUUGGCGCAACUCACAGCCACGCAGUACGCAGCCACUACAUCUCCUGGUCACACCCCUCCAUCAAACCAAGGUCGCCUCAUUCUCCUCUGCUCCCUCCGCAGUUCCUCAGACAUCAAGGAUCUGGAGGAUAUUCUGGUGAGACUGGUGAGGAGUGAGAACAGUGACAUACGACAGAAAGGAGACCCUGCCCGGCUGGCUAUUGCGCAAUGCCAGCUGGUGAUCGUCAAUAGUUACACCACGCCCACUUCCGACGUCAAAGAUGCUCCCCUCACUCAGCUCUCAUCUCACGUCAGCUCCAUUGUCUACUCCUUCCCCGCACAUCUCCUGGUCGACAAAUGUCUGUUGCUAUGCCAACUACACCACGACCUCAACACCACACUAAUUACCGGCAUUCCAAUGAAGGUGGGUCCCAGACUGGGUCUGGAAUGGGACUGGAAUGGAAUGGGGUCUCGUCAUAUACAGGAGGAGCAAUCAGGAAGUGGCAGUGCCAAUUAUGACGUGGAAUUGAUUCAUUUGUCUGAGGCCCACAGGGACAUCCUCAGAGGAGGGUUUGUCCUGGGUGGAGGUGCCAUGGGGAAGAAAGGAGAGAAGGAGGCAAAGGACAGACUCUCUCUCAAGUGGUCCACUCCCAAAACAUCGUCACUGGAGCUGCAGCCCUGCACCAGCGCCUACCGCGUCACUCCCACUAGUGUUACCAGCCGACCCACAAUUUGCCUCGUGAACUUUGUCCUCUCCGGUAAACCAGUUUUACUGGAACAGCCGAGAAAAGGAGCUCAGAAACUGAUCACACAUGUCCUCAUGAACCAUGCCGGUUCAAUAUACCUCCAUUGUAUACCGUCCACUCGGAACCAUGUGGAAGAUCCUCCAUCGAUCAGCGAGGGCUGGGGAGGCCGCAUCACCGACUACCGAAUCUCCGACUUUAGUGAGUUGGCAGCCAGCAACAUGCUGAGCCCCAUCCCCGAGGACAGGACUAAAGCCCCUCACCGCUUUCCUCUGCAGAUUGUGAUGAGUAAGCUGGAGAGAGAGAGCCGCCACUGGCCACUGGUCUAUGCAGACACUCUCAUCUACACCUUGAGUCAAGACCUGCACCCUCUCCCCGUGGUCGUACGGAGAGAUGCCAUGUCCGAACAGGACUUUGAGGAGUGCAAGAAGGUGAUAAAGUCACUCCAGUCAAAGGAGGCAGGAGGAGAAGGUCUUUCCGUUCCCAGCACUGGCACCAGAGCUAAAGGGGUUAAACGGGACGAGCAGUAUCGUCUGAUGUGGAGUGAACUGGAGUCUCUCACAGAUACCUUCAGAACCAACUCGGAGCUUCAUCACCGACUGGCCGAGGUCGUUGCCCAGGCAACAAGCCACGCCCCCUCCAUGCAGCUGGCGAGGAAGACUCCUCACGGAGGAGGGGAGAGAUCUGGCGAUAGCAACCACUGGCCGCCACCCGGCAACGGGUACAGAGAGUCAGGUGAUCACGAGGGAGGUGGAAUAGGGGCCAGUGGUACUACGGUAUGGGAUCAGGACCGAGGGAACAUGGACCCUCGGACCCAGCGAUACGAGAGGGGGAGUGGCCCUGUAGGAGGGGGUGGAGCUUCGCAAUUCCUACCCCGCCCAGCUCCGCCCAUUGGCUCGGUGGCAAAGAUAUGGGCUACAAGACAGGCCAGUAUCGCAAGUUCAGGACACGCAGAGUUUGCAGGGAGAAUGACCUUCGGACCCAAGGCGGAACUCUACCUCAAAUUGCAUUCCAACAGCAGUAUUGUACCACCAGAUCAAGAUACAUGACAGACAGUUGCACAUCACAAUGUUGUAUGAUUUUUUAUGAACGUGUAAAAAUGAGUGGAGUGGGUGUGGUCACUGGGCGUGGCUAAGUCCCAACAAGUUCCUCCUCCUCUGCUUGUUCCACUUGUUCCUUUAGUCUCUGAAUGCUUUCUCUGCUCAUCUGAAGGUGUAUAUUAUAGUACCUUCUGAAUAUGGGACACCAUCGGGACAUUUAAUCAGAGAUGUCCCUUAAUUAAUACACUAAUGUACUA